UACCGAAAUUGAGACGUAGAUAGAUAGACAGCCUACGUUGUGGAGUUAAAUCAGUAUAUUAAACAAUGGUUGGUAUUUUUUAAUUAAAUUGAUUAUAAGCCUACCGUGUAAAGAGAGUAAAAAUAAAAAUCGUAGAACUAUGUCAAGACUUUUAUUAUAUAAACCUGUUUAGUAAGAAACUCUGAAAAAUAAAUGAUUUUGAAGAUACACGUUUUGCAAGCUGACAUAACUUUUUGACAAUACCCACCCAUAAAAAUGAAACAACGUUAAUUUCAAUAAAACUUACCUACCUCAAAAUUACUUGUAAUUAAAAUAAAAAAAAUCCACCACCUUAAAAAUAAUCCAGACCCUUGAAAUAACCCAGGUCCUUAUAAAUUUCCCGUAAAAUAAACUUUAGAAAUGUCCCGACGAAACGACGAUUUCGACGAAUAUUGUGACCCCGAAAACCCUAAAAUACUCAAAUAUGAAGAGAUUGUUGAGGCAGCCGAAAGGAUUAGACCACACAUCAUUAACACGCCUGUUUUGGCGGCUAUGACACAUAAAGAUUUUGGGAUAUAUAUUCACUAUAAACUAGAAUUCAUGCAGAGGUCCGGAAGUUUUAAGGAACGCGGUUCUUUGAACGUGCUCCAACAAUUGCCUCUCGACAAGAAAAAGCUUGGCGUAGUCGUAGCAUCAAUAGGAAAUGAAGGAAUAGGGCUGAGUUACCACGGAGCCAAGCUCAACAUCCCCGUGAUCGUAGUGAUGCCUAUCACUGUACCAAUUGACAAACUACAGAGAUGUCACUACUUCGGGGCUAAGGUGGUCGUCCAGGGAACUAACUUGAUGGAGGCUCAAAAAUAUGCACGAGCUCUAGCGAGAGACAAAGGCCUCACAUACAUAAAUGGACGGGACCACCCACACAUUCUUGCCGGCUACGGCAGCCUUGCUUUGGAAAUCCUGGAAACAACGCCGUUUUUGGAUGCAAUAGUAAUACCCGUGGGGUCCGGAGGAUUAGCCGCUGCUGUGGCAACCGUCAUAAAACACCAAAAACCUAAUGUACUCGUUUAUGGAGUGCAACCCGAGUCAAUGCCUACAUUUUUCAACUCUUUGGAAAGUGAAGAGAUGGCCACUCUACCGACGACAAACAACCUGGCAGAUGCUAUAACAGUCAACGCCAUCGGAUGUAACGCCUUUGCCACUGCAAAGCCACUUUUGGACAAAAUGCUCCUUGUCAAGGAUGACUGGAUAGCUCGAUCAAUGUUGCACUUGACCGAGAGAGAGAAAUUCGUGGUAGAAGGCGCUGGAGCAUGCACACUAGCUGUUGUUAUCGGAAACCUGGUGCCAGAACUCAAAUUGAAAAAUGUGGUAUGUCUUCUUACUGGAGGAAACUGUGACAACGUUAUGCUGACGCGAUGCUUAGAAAGAGGAUUAGCUGCAGAAGGACGCCUGGUCAAAUUUAGAGUUGGUGUCAGGAAUGACCCCAUAUCCAAGGCAACCCUGAUGAAACUCCUCGCAAACGGGGGAUACAACAUGCAUCGCCACUACCAAGACAACUCGUGGACACAAGACGAGGAUUAUUUCGUUGAGAUGAGAAUGGUGUGUGAAACAAAGGGAUUGGAGCAUGCUUUAGAAUUAAAAAGGAUGAUAGAGAAGGCAUACCCAUGCACCUCUAUUUUCGAGACGGAACCAUUUAAUGACAGAAGGACCUGCCCUUGCUAUGUCAGAAAACAAUAAAGAUUUAUUCCACGCUCACACAAUCUGAUAUUUAUAACGUAAAUCAAUAAACCAAAUUACAGUCAA